AUGGCUAAUUGUUUAUGCAGCCAUCAGCUCCAUAAUCACCUAAACCAGUUUCGCAAUCGCUUCAUCGGCUUAUCCGAUCAUCGUCCUCACGAGCGCCGCCGUUGUCAUUUGGUAGUUGCAGAUGGUCCCCGUCAUAGCCGAACCGCCAGAAUCUAUUGUAACUAUGAUGAUGCCACCAGGAAACCCAACCCUUCUUCUUCUUCUUCUUCUGGAAUUAAACUUUAUGGUCAGAUUGAAAGAUUACUCACAGAAACUGUAAGGCAGUCCCAAGACGCUUGGGGUGGUUUAAAAGACUGGACUGAAAUCGAGGGAGCAUGGGUUCUCAAACCAAGAAGCUCGCCACCCAAGUCUGUUGUUCAUUUUGUUGGUGGUAUUUUUGUUGGAGCAGCUCCCCAACUUACCUAUCGUUUGUUUCUUGAGCGCCUUGCAGAAAAGGGUAUUUUGGUGAUUGCAACUCCAUACGCUAGUGGAUUCGAUCAUUUCUUUAUCGCGGAUGAAGUUCAGUUUAAAUUUGAUAGGUGUUUUCGGGCUUUACAAGAAACGGUACAAGACCUUCCUACUAUUGGCAUUGGCCACUCAUUGGGAUCGGUCAUCCACCUUUUGAUUGGAUCGCGAUAUGCUGUGCAAAGAGGCGGGAAUGUGCUAAUGGCAUUUAACAAUAAGGAGGCAAGCUCGGCUAUCCCUUUGUUCUCACCUGUUCUUGUUCCUGUGGCCCAAAGCAUUGGACCAUUUCUAUCAGAAAUCACAUCAUCACCAACAGUCCGCCUUGGGGCAGAGAUGACUUUUAAGCAGCUAGAGAACCUUAGCCCUCCCAUUAUGAAGCAAGUUCUUCCUUUAGUGGAGCAACUCCCUCCAUUGUACAUGGACUUGGUUAAGGGAAGAGAAGAUUUUUCUCCAAAACCAGAAGAAACUCGCCGACUUAUAAAAUCAUACUAUGGCAUUUCUAGAAAUCUUCUGAUAAAGUUCAAAGAUGAUGCAAUUGAUGAAACUUCAACAUUAGCUCAGGUGCUUAGUUCAGAAUCAGCUAUUAGUUCAAUGCUAGACAUGUCAAUUCGCUUGUUACCAGGAGAUCAUGGGCUUCCUUUGCAGCAGGACCUCCCGGAUGUCCCACCAGCAAUGGCAGAUGCAGUAAACCGUGGAAGUGAGCUUCUGGCAAAUCUGACCGUAGGAACACCAUGGGAGACAGUUGCCAAAGAAGUAGGGAGCACAUUGGGUGUAGAUUCUAGGAUUCUUCGUGCAGAAACAUCCAAGGACUUGCACCUGCUUGUUGAUGUGAUCACUUCGUGGAUCGCCUCCAAUACAGGUCCAAGACUUUUGAGACCAUGAUGAGCAGUAGGGUACGAACAUCAAGCAAGCCAAAAGGAAAAAGAAAACAAAAAAAUUGGGAAGAUACCGGAAGGAUGCUGUGGUAGUACUAGUAUGGUGUUUUGUUAUUUUGUUGUACAUUCUGUAUCUCAUAUGGCGAUGCAAAACAAUGAUAUCAUCGACUAAUUAGGAGUUUCACUGAUACAAAUGUGUUUCUCCAUGUUCUUAGCUUUGUAUUUAUAGGUUGUAGUAGGAACACACGCAGGAAUUCAUAUAGAAAAGAAGAAGGAAGUUUGUGUAUUUUUUAAA